GUUCAGACGUCAGAUCCAGUCUCUCUCUCGCCUAGUCAGCAGUCACCAAUAUUUUUCCACAGCGGAUUCCACUCCCUGUCACUGGGCAGUGGUCCUUCGACACGACUCUUGUCAGUCCACUACUCGCUUCAGGCUCAGACUGAACCUCCUGCUACACAGAUUCUCCUAGUUGGGUUUUUUUCUACACUCGCUCAUUUAACAGGCCGGAACAAAAAUAUGCUAACUUCAUCGCUACCGUCUCUCCUCCUCCUACUCUCUCUAUCAUCAACUUUGAGUGAUGAUGGCGGAGGAUUAUUCUGUUCUGCUCCUUCAGUAUUUGAAACCGAAACGGCCUCCUCCUCCUCCUCCAAACCUCUAUAUUGGAAAGUCACUAAUCCAACGCUCUCUCCUUCUCACCUUCAAGACUUGCCAGGUUUCACACGUAGUGUUUAUAAAGGAGACCAUGCUUUGAUAACACCAGAAAGUCAUGUAUUCAGUCCUUUACCAGGAUGGACAAAUACAUUGGGGGCAUAUCUAAUUACGCCAGCUAUGGGUUCCCACUUUGUGAUGUACUUAGUAAAGAUGCAAGAAAAUUCAAAGUCUGGACUCCCUCCAAAUGAUGUAGAGAGGUUCUUGUUCGUGGUUCAGGGCUCUGCAACUCUGACUAAUGCAUCUGGUGCCCACCACCAAAUGAUGGUGGAUUCAUAUGCUUAUCUAGCCCCAAAUUCCAAACAUUCUCUGGAGUGUGAUGCAUCAGCUACUCUAGUUGUCUUUGAACGCAGGUAUUCUCCUCUUGAAAAUCAUUUUACUAAGCAAAUUGUUGGUUCAACAGACCAGCAGCCACUUCUUGAAACUCCAGGCGAGGUUUUUGAACUCAGAAAGCUUCUGCCUCCAUCAUUGCCAUAUGACUUCAAUAUCCAUAUAAUGGAUUUUCAACCUGGAGAAUUCCUUAAUGUGAAGGAGGUGCAUUAUAAUCAGCAUGGUUUGCUGCUAUUAGAGGGACAGGGUAUUUAUCGUUUGGGUGAUAGCUGGUACCCAGUUCAAUCUGGGGAUGCCAUUUGGAUGGCCCCAUUUGUACCCCAAUGGUACGCUGCACUUGGUAAGACCCGUUCACGAUAUUUGCUGUACAAAGACGUGAAUAGGAAUCCAUUGUAAUCAGACGCAGUGAAAAGCCGUCCUUUGGUUUCAUUGAGACCUAAUUCUAGCAAGGAUAUAUUUACUAAUUUCUGAAGCAAAGAUCGGCCUUUUAAAGCCUGUAAACAUCAUUUAGCUGAAUGAUGGUCAUUUUCAUGUAGUGAAUGGAAUCGUGAUGGAAGGAAUUGAACUUGUAGAUCGUAUUUGGUAAAAAAGUCGCUGCUCUGUCCUGUUUAAGAAAAACAAAAUAUUCUGAAUUGCGGGAAUGCACCUGUAAUUUCAAAGAUGGAAAUUAUUAUUAGCUAAAACUAAAA